UGCCCCGCGGCGGCGGCGGCGGCGGCGGGGCUUAAAGCGCGCUCGGGCGGCCGGGGCCGCGCUCACCUGGGCGCCGCUCCGCGCUCCGCCGGCCGCCGCAGCGGCUGCGGGGCAGCGCCCGGGGACCAUGCGGGGCAGGCGGGCGCGCCCGCCGCACGCUCCGGGCAGCAGGUAGCACCCGCCAGGUGCGCGGCCGAACAUGGACUGUCUGCUGCUGGCCGUCUGGACUUUACCUGCUGCGAUCCUCGGCGGCAGCUCCAUGCCAUUCCAGACUCUCCCGUGGCUCGGAAGCACUGUAAAGACCCUUCAGCUGUGUUGCCUCUGUUGCAUGUCUCAUGCGGCAACUUUAACCAGUGACAGCAUCAGUGAAUUGGCUCAUGAUUACGUGUUUGUGACACCUGUCAGAGUGGAUGCCAGCGGAUCGUACAUUUCACAUGAUGUUUUGCACAGUACUAGGAGAAAGAGAUCAACUCAGAGUUCAAAGAGUUCCUUGCACUACAAAUUUUCAGCAUUUGGACAGGAACUUCACUUAGAGCUUAAACCUUCGACCAUUUUAAGCAACAGUUUUAUUGUCCAGGUACUCGGGAAAGAUGGAGUGUCACAUUCUCAGGAACAUGAAAUUGAGCAGUGCUUCUACCAGGGAUUUAUAAGGAAUGAUAGCACAUCUUCAGUAGCAAUAUCUACGUGUGUAGGCUUGUCGGGUUUGAUCCGCACGCGGCAGAUGGAGUUCCUCAUCUCCCCCUUGCCUGGGCAGCUGGCUCGGGAGCACAACCUGACGUCGCCGGCCGGGCACCACCCGCACGUGCUGUACAAGAGGACGGCCGAGGGCAAGGUGCAGCGGGCCCGGCCGCAGGCCCAGCCCGCGCCAGGCCGCAGGCCGCGCGCCAGCGCCCACCGCUCCCAGAGGCAGCACUUCUGUGGACGGCGCAGGAAAUAUGCACCCAAGCCACCCACAGCAGAGACCUACAUUCGCUCAGAUGAGUAUGGGACUUCUGCAAGGUUCAAAAGAUCGUCUUCUAAGAUUCAGAAAAAUGGAAGUCUAAACGUUGAAACCCUUGUUGUGGCGGAUAAAAAGAUGUUGGAGAAACAUGGCAAGGAAAAUGUAACAACAUAUAUCUUGACAGUCAUGAACAUGGUCUCUAGUCUGUUUAAGGAUGGAACAAUUGGAAGUGAUAUAAACAUUAUUGUUGUGAGCCUGCUUCUUUUGGAACAAGAGCCUGGCGGGCUGCUGAUCAACCACCACGCUGACCAGUCCCUGAACAGCUUCUGCCAGUGGCAGUCGGCCCUGGUUGGCAAGAACGGGAAGCGCCACGACCACGCCAUCCUGCUGACGGGCUUGGACAUCUGCUCCUGGAAGAACGAGCCCUGUGACACCUUAGGAUUUGCACCCAUCAGUGGCAUGUGCAGCAAAUACCGCAGUUGCACCAUUAAUGAAGACACAGGCCUUGGACUGGCUUUUACAAUUGCUCAUGAAUCUGGACACAACUUUGGGAUGAUUCACGAUGGAGAAGGAAAUGCUUGUAGAAAAGCUGAGGGAAAUAUCAUGUCUCCCACACUCACUGGAAACAAUGGAGUGUUUUCUUGGUCUGUGUGCAGCAGGCAGUAUCUCAACAAAUUUCUCAGUACAGCUCAAGCUGCCUGCCUGAUUGAUGAACCUAAGCAAACAGGACAGUAUAAAUACCCUGACAAACUGCCAGGGCAGAUCUAUGAUGCUGAUACCCAGUGCAAAUGGCAAUUUGGAAUGAAAGCAAAACUGUGCAACCUCAGCUUUGUAAAGGAUAUCUGCAAAUCUCUCUGGUGUCACAAAGUGGGUCACAGGUGUGAGACAAAGUUCAUGCCCGCAGCAGAAGGAACAGCUUGUGGUAUAAGUAUGUGGUGUCGCAGAGGGCAGUGUGUCCGCUACGGUGACCACGGGCCCCGGGCUGUCAAUGGCCAGUGGUCAGCCUGGUCCCCCUGGUCAGAGUGCACUCGCACCUGUGGAGGGGGGGUCACCUAUCAAGAGAGGCACUGCAAUAAUCCAAAGCCACAGUAUGGUGGGAAGUUCUGCCAAGGUUCCAGUCGUGUUUAUCAGCUUUGCAACAAGCAGCCUUGCCCAGCAGACAGCCUGGACUUCCGAGCCCUGCAGUGUGCAGAGUACAACAGCAAACCCUUCCGGGGCUGGUUCUACAAGUGGAAGCCCUACACCAAGGUGGAAGAGGAAGACAGAUGUAAAUUGUACUGCACAGCUGAAGACUUUGACUUUUUCUUUGCAAUGUCCAGCAAAGUGAAGGAUGGAACUCUGUGUUCUCCAAAUAAUUAUGAUGUUUGUAUUGAUGGAAUAUGUGAACAAGUAGGAUGUGAUCAUGGACUUGGUUCCAAAGCUGUGUUGGAUGCUUGUGGAGUUUGUAAAGGAGAUAAUUCAACGUGCAAGUUCUUUAAAGGCCAAUACUUGAUCCAGCACAAAGCUAAUGACUACUACGCGGUGGUGACGGUGCCGGCGGGCGCGCGCAGCAUCCAGCUGCAGGAGAUGCACGUCUCCCCCAGCUACCUGGCCGUGCGCAGCCUGGCCAGCAGGUACUACCUGACUGGGGACUGGACCAUCGACUGGCCAGGGAAGUUCCCUUUUGCUGGGACAGUGUUUGAUUACCAGCGCUCCUUCAGCCACCCCGAGAGCCUCUACGCGGCGGGACCCACCAACGAGACGCUGGUCUUUGAAAUCCUGUUACAAGGCAAAAAUCCUGGGAUUUCUUGGGAAUAUACAUUUGCCAAAACCAGCACUGAAAACAAGACAUCUGUCAGAAAACACAGCUACUCCUGGGUGACAGUGCAGUCUGAGUGCUCAGUGACCUGUGGUGGUGGACACAUUACAGCAAAAGCAGUUUGUUUGGAAGACCAUCGUGCACGGGUGAACAGCUCCCUUUGUGGCCCAAGGACAAAGCCUUUAACUGAAACCAAACUGUGCAACACACAUCCCUGCCCAGCCUACUGGUCAGCAGGUGAAUGGAGCACAUGCAGCAAGUCUUGUGGAGGGGGACAGCAAAGCCGCCUCCUCCAGUGUGUCCAGAAAAGGGCUUUCCAAAGAGAGGAGCUGGUGGCCCACUCCCUGUGUCCUGUCAGCACCCCAGCACAGGUACAGGUGUGCAGUAGUCAGGACUGCCCACCUGAAUGGAGCUCUGGCCCCUGGUCUCAGUGCUCCAAGACUUGUGGGAGAGGUAUUAAGAAACGGGAUGUCUACUGCAAGAGUACUGGUUCUCCCAAGGUGAAAAUCUUGCCUGAAGACAUGUGCAGCACAGACCCCAAGCCUGAGUCCCAGCAGACCUGUGUGCUCGGCCGCUGUCCCAAAAAUGACCGGCUCCAGUGGGUGAUUUCUUCCUGGAGUGAGUGCUCAGCCUCCUGCGGGCCCGGCCUGCGGCAGCGAGAGCUCAAGUGUGGCGAGAAGAGCAUCCACGGGAAGUUGGUCACCUUCCCCCAGAGGAGGUGCAGGAACAUCAAGAAACCAAACACCAACCUGGAGGAGGCCUGUAACAAGGGAGCCUGUCCAUCGCAGACCUUGUACAACAUGGUGUCUGGCUGGUAUUCCUCGCCCUGGCAGCAGUGCACGGUGAGCUGCGGCGGCGGAGUGCAGACGCGGAGCGUGCAGUGCCUGCGCCAGGGCCGGCCCGCCGCCGGCUGCCUGCCCCAGCAGAAACCCGCUGUCCUGAGAGCCUGCAACACCAACUUCUGCCCAGCCCCCGGAAAAAGAGAUGAUCCUUCUUGUGUGGAUUUCUUCACUUGGUGUCAUCUGGUGCCCCAGCAUGGUGUCUGUAACCACAAAUUUUAUGGCAAGCAAUGCUGUAAAUCAUGCACGAAGAAGAACUGAUAGCAGCGUGUUGUCUGAACCCUUCAGUGAUUCUCUUCUUCAAUUUAUGUUGGAAUUAUCUCUGCUUUGAGGCAAGACAUGGUGCCACAUAAACCACUGAUGGAAGAGACAUUUUUUUCUAAGGGAAUGUCUGAGGUACAGUAAUUGUUGGAUAUAUGUUGAAAAAGGAAUGUUUCUUUCUUAUUUUUUUUUCUUAAUUUGCUGACCUCACUAAAGCACAGGGUACUAUGGAUCACUUGAACACUGAGACUCAAGGGGAAGUUCUUCUUUGUUUAAAAGUGUCACUUUGCACUGUCACAUAUAACAAGGAAGAAAUCAAGGCAAGGGAGCCUUUUUUGGCUGAUUUACCAGCAUGCAAAGCAGGAGAGUUGGGAGCUGGAGGAGGAAGGACCACACCAUCAGGAGGGGUCCUUUCCUGCUUUUUGUGACUUGUCCCAGGGUGAGGAGGCUGUUUGCUGCCCUGGAGGGACAUCCUGGAGAAGGCAGCGUCACACCUGUGGCCACCAGAAGUAAAUAGUGCACUACAAAGAUACUAUGGUGCUUCUCUACCAGACUUGCUGCUGGAAAAGCAAGCUGUGCAUCAUGCUAAUGUUUUUAUAAUUUUUGAAGAAUUCAUUUUCUGCUUCGUGUAGAAACUCAGAGGUGGUUAACUAGUAACUUGAAAUGUAUUUCUAGAAAUAUGCAGCUUUAGAAUAUUUGGACUUUUAAUAUUGCUGUGUUGCAAGUAAAAUAGAAUUUCAUAUUUCAACUAACUCAAGGAACUCGGAUUGAUUGAGCUCAAUGGUAAUGUUUUCAACUUUCUAAGCUCAUUAGAUACGUAAUUUUAAAAUUUAAACUUGAUAUUUUAAAGUAGUUUUGUUUCAGAAGCUAGAUUGUUUGAAUGCCAAGAUACUGAAGAAUGUCUUCCUUCUAAUCUCAAAUCUCUCUGCAAUUUUGAUUCAUCCGUUACCCAAAGGAAAUAACAAGAAUAUUACAGUCCAUCAAUUCAUGCUGAAUUCUCUAAACAGUUAUUUAUUCACGUUACACAAAAAAAAAAGCAUGAAAAGAUAAGUGGAUUAUUUACUCCUACCAAAUAAAAGUCAAUUCUAUUUUUAUACACUCUCCUAAUACUUGUAUUUAGUUCAGAACCCACCAGCAAACAAAAGAACUGUAAGCAUGCUGAUAUUUGUGGCCGUUCAGUAUCGAGAUGUUGAUGGCAGCAGGUAUCACAUGGUGCCAUCCAGAAAGUUCCUGCAUUGAAAAAACCCCAGCCUGUUUGCCAAACCAUUCCAAGACAGAGCUGUGUCCUACUGCAAUUUUCUGGGGAGUGCCUGUGAGGGACAUAUUUAUCUAAUUCCACCCAAUCCCACAACUUACUUUGAUGAAUGUAGUUCAGUUUGAGUGUUUUUUUUUUAAAUAUGGUUUCAGUGUAGGAUUAGCCAGCUCAGCACUAAUGCCAGACAGUGGUCACUUAAAAUUAGCAGUUCCUUCUGAAGCAAUUUAAAUUAAAAACAUGUAUUCUGUGAUACUUUACAAAAUGAUUGGAAACAUAUCUCAACCUACACUGCUCUGUCUUGAUAUUGGACAUUGUGUAAUUAUAACCUUUUUUUCUAGGAAAACUACAAGGUUGUUUUUGUUUUGUUUUCAUAAUUGUGUCCUUUUUAUUAUUUGAUGUAAAAUAAUUAAUUUAUUAAUGCAUAGCUUUUCCUUUAUAUUUCUUUGCUCACUUCCUUAAGUGAGAACUGAGGAAAGGAAAUAGUAGUGUCACAAAGUAUGAAUUAUGGUGUAAAAAAAGCAAAAACUAUAAGUGUAAUAUUUAAUUAUUUUAUAAGCUUUGUAAUAAAAUACUCUAACUGUUUCAUUAUAUUUGGAAUUGUAAAAUUCAUGAAUAAAAU